GUUCUCCAGCCUCGCGGUUGAUCUUGCAACGCGGCUCUCUUUAAGGAGCUCUGCAUUCGUCCAGAGCUUUCUGUCAACAUUUCUUGCAUCACCACUGCGCACAAAAACCACCAGUGAGCUGUGUUAUUACCCGUCUGUUACCGCCCUAUUUAUCAAAAAAAACCCGGAACAGCAUCUGUGUCGCAAUGAACGCAGACAGCUACUCUGCGCGAGAUGGCCGUCUUGGCGCAUCUCGCGACUACUCUUCCCGUGAUGACAGGCGGGAUCGAGGCGAUCGAGGCGAUCGACGUGACCGAAGGCGCAGCAGAUCACCACGACGCUCCCAUCGCGACGAGGAUGCCUAUGCCUCGAGUCGGAGCCACCGAGAUCGUGAGCGUGAAGAUCGGUAUGGAGGUGCUGGACGUGACCGUAGAGAGAGAGAAUGGGACCGCGAUCGAGGCGACCGGGGAGCUCGGAGGGAACAUCGUCGCGAGGAACCUCCCCGGCCCUCUCGGAGGGACCGUGACGGAUACGGAGAUGACCGCCGUGGUGGUGGUGAGCGGCGAGAUCGCGGUGGCCGAGAUCGCGAUGAGGACCUUUUUGCGCAGAACCGCCGUGGCCGUAGUGCCUCCCCUCCGAAGAAGCGAGAGCCCACGCCAGAUCUUACCGACGUCGUUCCUGUCCUCGAGCGGAAGCGUCGCAUGACUCAGUGGGAUAUCAAGCCGCCUGGCUAUGACAACGUCACGGCUGAGCAGGCAAAGCUUUCAGGAAUGUUCCCAUUACCAGGCGCGCCGCGACAGCAACCCAUGGACCCUACAAGGCUUCAGGCUUUCAUGAACCAUCCCGGUGGCGCUGUCAACAGCGCAGCACUUAAACCGGGCAAUUCCCGACAGAGCAAGAGAUUGUUAGUGUCUAAUCUUCCGCCAGGCACUACCGACGACAGCGUCAUUGGCUUCUUCAAUAUUCAGUUGAAUGGUCUCAACGUAGUUGAGAGUACCGACCCAUGUAUUCUCUGCCAGAUUUCGAAGGAUCACUCCUUUGCUUUACUCGAAUUCAGACAUGCCUCGGAAGCUACAGUUGCCUUAGCCCUAGACGGCAUAUCGAUGGAAGCAGACGACGCAAUGAACGGGGCCGCUUCUGCUGGGCUCCACAUUAAACGACCAAAGGAUUACAUUGUCCCCGCCGUCGCCGAAGAUACACCAUACGAGCCCGGAGUAGUAUCAAAAGUAGUGAUCGAUACUCCUAACAAGAUUAGCAUAUCUAAUAUUCCUCCCUACCUUGCAGAUGAGCAGGUCACCGAGCUUUUGGUAGCAUUUGGAGAGCUUAAGGCAUUUGUUCUCGUAAAAGAUAACGGCACUGAAGAAUCUCGUGGAAUUGCAUUUUGCGAAUUCGUUGACCCUUCUAUUACAGAUAUUGCUGUACAGGGACUAAACGGCAUGGUCAUUGGCGAGAAGAAUCUCAAGGUUCAAAAGGCUAGCAUUGGCAUCACGCAAGUGUCUGGUGUGGAGAUGGGUGUUAAUGCCAUGUCCAUGCUUGCCGGCACAACCGCUUCCAACGAUUCGGAGAUAAGCCGCGUUGUACAGCUACUUAAUAUGGUAACACCAGAAGAACUAUUGGACAAUGACGACUAUGAGGAAAUCUGCGAAGAUGUGGAGGGAGAAUGCGCCAAAUAUGGCAAUAUCGUAGCCAUGAAGGUGCCGAGGCCAAUCGGAGGUAGCCGACAAUCUGCUGGUGUUGGUAAAAUUUUUGUCAAGUUUGAUACCACAGAAUCAGCCACAAAGGCGCUUCAAGCAUUAGCUGGAAGGAAGUUCGCCGACAGGACUGUCGUGACAACGUAUUUUCCCGAGGAAAACUUCGAGGUCGGAGCAUGGUAAGGGGAGGUAGGACGUUCCCGAAUUAUGGUCUAAUUGGCUAUACAAUUUGACCUCUGGCGGCAAUGGUCGUACUGGAACCAAGGCGAGCUUUGGUUCGAUAUCAGCAUGGAAAUGCGUGUAAUCUACUUUAACUCAGUGCUGGGGCCUGGUUUAUUAGGCUGAAUGACUAAUCUGCCAUGAUAUUGCAGAUGUAUCUGAGAACAUCUUUCAUCACUGCCUCACUAUGUAGAAUGUUGCCAAGCAUAGUUGGCCUGAAAUUUAUUGAUGACCUCGUGACAUUG